AUGACCUGCAAGACCAUGUCCGCGCAAAUGACGAGCCUGGGGAGCCUCGGCGUGGGGCAGCUGUGUCUCUGCACGCUUCUCAUCUCCCUGUUGCUGCAGUCGCUGUGCAUGGCAGUGACUUACGUGUACUUCACCAACGAGCUGAAGCAGAUGCAAGACAAGUACUCCAGAAAUAGCCUUGCUUGUUUGUUACUGGAAGAUGACAGAGAUUGGGAACCCAGUGAGGAAGACAGUAUGAACAAACCCUGCUGGCAAAUAAAGGCUCAACUAUACCAGUUCCUUAGAAAGAUGGUUUUGAGAGUCUAUGAGGAAACCAAUCCUACAGGCCAAGAAAAGCUACAAGAUUAUCUAGGAAGUGAGAGAAGUUUAUCAAGAGUAGCGGCUCACAUAACCGGGCGCAGCCGGAGAACCAGCACACUGUUAACUCUAAGUUCCAAUAAUGAGAAGGCUUUGGGUCAGAAAAUAAAGACUUGGGAGUCAUCCCGAAAAGGCCAUUCCUUCCUGAAGAACUUGCACUUGAGGGAUGGAGAGCUGGUCAUCCACCAAACAGGGUUCUAUUACAUCUACUCGCAAACCUAUUUUCGAUUUCAGGAAGAAGACACGACAUCAGUAGCAGAGAAAAGAAAGAAAAACAAACAAAUGGUGCAAUACAUUUACAAAUACACAAGCUAUCCUGAUCCGAUAUUACUGAUGAAAAGUGCCAGAAAUAGUUGCUGGUCUAAAAACUCAGAAUACGGGCUGUACUCCAUCUAUCAGGGGGGCAUAUUUGAACUCAUGGAGAAUGACAGAGUUUUUGUAUCUGUAACUAAUGAACACUUAGUUGACAUGGACCAAGAAGGAAGUUUUUUUGGGGCCUUUUUAAUUAGCUAA